AUGGGUCUAUUUAGGAAUUCGAUGGUACUGCGACGCAUAUGGAUUACAUUCCGGACUCCAAAAGUUUCACGGCGCUCCGUAGCUGCAAGGGAAACCGUCUCUGCAACGUCAAAUUCUAGACAUUUUAACUACAAGUUGACAUCAAAGCUAUGCGCUACAACCAGCCUACUUUCGCUCACGCCCACGUCGCAACCUCCGUCUAUGUCUCUGCUUUUUUCUGUAAUACUUGGCCUACCCUUAGCACUAUGGACGUACAAGUGCUUGGUCAUGGUACUCUUCCAAAGGAAAGUAAUAUACAUGGGCUAUAUCCCUCCUGGCACUCGUCAGGAGAAGCUAUCAGACGUCCCAAACUUAUCAUCGCUUCAGAAAAAAUACAAUUUAGAAGAAACGCAAAUAUCAUCCUCGGGCCGAGUAAUGCUUUCUACUCUUGUUAUGAGCAAAUAUGAGGUAGAAAAGCCCGAUUGCGUUGUAUUAUACCUUCAAGGAAACGCCGGAAAUCCAUUGCAUCGUAUUCCGGUCUUCACGUCGCUCCUUUCGUCCACCUCACAAUUAAAUCCGAUCAUCCUAGCACCGGCACCACGAUCCUAUUGGUCCUCAACGAAUCGUACUCCGACUGAACAAGGACUCAUAGCGGACUACAGUGCCGCUCUGUACUUCGCCUCACAUCGAUGGCCAGAUACGCCGAUUGUCAUGUACGGACACUCGCUUGGUGGAGCAAUUGCUGUGUGUCUCCUUGCUUCACUCGACUCUCCUUCAGAUUCAAAAGUGUGUCGCGGGGAGGACGACGAAACGAAGAGAAUGAUACGUCAGCUUCAAGGGCUUGUACUCGAGAACCCAUUCGCAUCGAUUCCUGGCAUGGUCCACGCUUUAUACCCACAGCGCUGGCUGCCGUAUCGAUACCUCGCUCCGCUCGCCUGGGAUAAAUGGGAUGCCCUCACCGCCAUGCAUAAUGCAACGCCUGAGCUUUCGUCUAUCAAGCCAACCUUGCAUCCCAGAAACGAUGUGGGAUGCUCGGCAGAUCCCCUUGAAGAUACGAAAGUACUUCCUCGCCUGGCACAGAACAUGCUCGUCCUAAUAAGUUCGCGAGACGAAGUCGUUCCUCCCUCAAUGGGCCGUGCGAUUUUUGACGCUCGCCCGUUGCAAAACUCAAUGUCCGCUACAGGUGGUUCGAAAUUGGUAGAAAUCGACCGUGCACUUCACGAAGAUGCAUGGCAAACAUUACAAUGGAGGCAGGGCAUGGGUCGUUAUCUCGAAAAAGUCGUAUAUACUGGUCGAUGA